CAGUAAUUUUCAUUUAUUAUAAUAAAUAUAAAAUAUAAAUCAAAAGGCUAAAGCCUGAUCUCGAUCUCCGGCCGCUCCCAUCUCCGAUCCUUCCUUCCCCGUCUCUCUAAACAAUUACUUCCUUUUUUAGAAAAUAAAACUUUAGAAAAAUAUAUACAUUUCUUACUACACACUUCAAUUCUUUCUCUUUUUUCACUUAAUACACACAAAUUAUUUUUUAUUAUUUUUUAUUUCUAAGGAUUUUCUCUCUCUGGAAGGCUGUGAGCUAAGUAGAGAGGGAGAGACAGAGAGGAGAAGAUUACAAUGCUAGAAUGGCUCAGUACAGGCAACAGUAUCAAUACAGUAAUGGAACGACGUCAGAUCAUGUCGCCAUUGGGGUUCGAGGCGGUGCCGGCAACAAGGCCGCUCGAUGGCGCCGAUCCGGACGCGCCGACAGGAGCCGCCGAAUCUCCAUCGGCUCUCUCAUCUUUGUUUUACCUCUCGUGUUUCUUGUUACUGUUCUCGUGUACUAUUACAUCUCUGCUGAUAAUAAUGAGAAUCGUAGAGAGUUAAUUCGUUAUCAACCUGAGGAUGAUGAUUUGAAGGCUGAUUCUGAUUUCCUCACAAAUGUCACACGAAUGGAAAAUUUUAAAAUACUUAACUUUGGCAAUGGUUCUGUAGCACAUGGCCGCGAUUCACGAUAUUGGGAUAGGGAUGAUAGGAGAAGGGAUGAUGACUACAAUGAGGACGCGGUAGAACACAAUAUCAUGGAUUCUAGAGAUAAGCCUCUUGAUGGUGGCCAUGUUCCCACGAAAGUGAAGAAUAAGAAGGGGGCUUUCCUUGAUUCUGAUAGGGGGCUGGACCGUAGAGUUGUUGGGUUGUACAAUGAAGCUGGGCGCAAUGAAUUAAAGAUGUAUGAAGCUGAAUACGAGGCAUCUCUGAAGAAUGGGGACAAAUCAAAAAAAGAACUUGGAAAUAGCCAUCAGCUCUCUGACAGUAAGGAUUUUGGAAUUCAUAAUGAGAUUGAUGAUGAUGAUGACCAUUAUAAUGAUAGCAUUGAUUCUAAUGAUAGUCGCAAGGAAGAUUAUGAUGAUUUUGGACAUGACAAGGACUAUAUUUUAGAUGAAGCAAAAUCUCAUGAUGAAAAUGUUAAUGAGUCCUCUACUUCCUUUAAUGCUAAAACUAACAAUGAACAUGUUGUCAAAGAGGUAAAGGAAGAAUCCUCUUUAUCUAGGGAGGCCUCUCAAGAUUUUGAUGAUGUAGAUGCUGAUUCUCAUCAUGCUGGUUCUCUUGGUCGUAAAUCUGGAAAAAACUUACGGUCAAGUUCAAAGAAAAAGCCAAGGCGCCGAAAAUUUUCAGGUUCUUGUGAGAUGAAAUUAAUGAAUUCAACACACCUUGUGGAGCCUGUAGAAAGUCGGAAGUUUGCUCGAUUUUCCUUACAGUAUAAACAAAUGGAAGAGAAGCCUGAAGGAGAAGAUCAGUGGGUACCUAGAUUUGCCGGGCAUCAGAGUUUACAAGAACGUGAGGAAUCUUUUUUGGCACGUGACCAAAAGAUAAAUUGUGGGUUUGUUAAAGGUCCACAAGGAUAUCCAAGCACUGGCUUUGAUCUGGCAGAAGAUGAUGUGAAUUAUAUCAGCAGGUGCCACAUUGCUGUCAUUUCUUGCAUUUUCGGAAAUUCUGAUCGCUUGAGGACACCUGCUGGCAAAAUGGUUACUCGUUCGUCAAGGAAAAAUGUCUGCUUUGUUAUGUUUGUGGAUGAAGCUACGAUGCAAACACUUUAUUCAGAAGGUCAAACACCUGAUGGUGGUUUUAUUGGUUUAUGGAAGAUAGUGGUUGUAAAGAAUCUUCCUUACACUGAUAUGCGUAGGGUGGGAAAAAUACCAAAACUGUUACCGCAUCGACUAUUUCCUUUUGCAAGGUACUCGAUCUGGUUAGAUAGCAAACUACGUCUACAGCGUGACCCCUUACAACUCCUGGAUUACUUCUUGUGGCGAAAAGGUCAUGAGUAUGCCAUUUCUAAUCACUAUGAUCGUCAUUGCGUCUGGGAAGAGGUUGCGCAAAAUAAGAAGCUGAACAAGUAUAACCAUACAGUCAUUGAUGAGCAAUUUGAUUUCUAUCAGGCUGAUGGACUGAAAAGAUUCGACGCUUCAGAUCCUAACAAGCUUCUUCCUAGCAAUGUGCCUGAAGGUUCAUUUAUUGUUAGAGCACACACCCCGAUGUCAAAUUUGUUCUCAUGUCUUUGGUUCAAUGAGGUUGAACGGUUUACUCCCCGUGAUCAGCUAAGUUUCACAUAUACAUACCAGAAAUUGCGAAGAACAAAUCCUGACAAACCCUUUUAUCUGAACAUGUUCAAGGAUUGUGAGAGGAGAGCCGUAGCUAAGUUGUUUCGACAUAGAUCGGAUGAGAAGCGAAAUGUUCAGCAACGGGCAACAUUGUAAAAUGUAUGUUGUAUUAUCAAACCUUUGCUGUUGAAUAUAAAAAGAAUUAUUUUUUGCACACUUUCCUUGGCCAUGCUGGUUCAUAAAGAAAGGAGUUGCAUCGGUGGUGAUGGUUGUUGACAUAGAAUGAUGGACAUCGAGGGAACAAAGUUUGUCGAGCAUGGUGGAGGUAUCUUGGUUGGGGGGAAAAGUCCAUUAGCUUUAAAUUGCUAGAAAAAUUCUGUUUUGCAUAAUUGUUAUUUGUUCUUUUGUUCACAUUGAUUGCUUCGUCCAUAGGUAAAAACGGAGGACCAAUACUAAUGUACUUCUUACACCUAAAAUUUGUUGUAUUAUUGCUAUUACUAUUAUCAUCAUUUUUUGAACCUUUCAA